AUGAGUGCGGGCACUCAUGUCCCUUACCGUCUAGACGGCAAAGUCGCCCUUGUAACAGGUUCCAGCCGCGGCAUCGGUGCAGCAAUAGCCAUCGAACUAGGCCGGCUUGGAGCAAAAGUUGUUGUCAACUAUGUCAAUUCCCGCCAACCUGCCGAAAAACUGGUGCAAGAGAUCAAAGAGAUGGGGACGGAUGCAAUAGCGCUGCAGGCCGACAUCCGCUAUGUGGCCGAGAUUGUGCGGCUCAUGGAUGACGCGGUGGCGCGGUUUGGGGGACUGGAUAUUGUUUGUAGCAAUGCCGGAGUUGAAGAGUUUGACCGCGUCUUCGGCCUGAACACACGGGCCCAGUUCUUCGUCGCCCGCGAAGCCUACCGCCACCUCAACAAUCACGGCCGGAUAAUCCUCAUGUCCUCGAACACGGCCAGGGAGUUCAGCGUUCCCCGGCAUUCCGUGUACUCCGGGUCCAAGGCCGCAAUCGAGUCGUUUGUUCGAGUGAUGGCGAAGGAUUGCGGUGAUAAACAGGUCACUGUCAAUGCAGUGGCUCCCGGAGGCACCAUAACAGACAUGUUUCAUGACGUGGCACAGCAUUAUUUUCCGAACGGCGAAAAGUAUAGUGCAGAGGAACUGCAAGGCAUGGCGGCGGAGACAUCGCCGUUGAAGAGGAAUGGAUUCCCGGUGGAUAUUGCAAGAGUUGUAGGGUUUCUAGCGAGUGACGAGGCGGAAUGGGUCAAUGGCAAGACUAUCACUGUUGAUGGAGGGGCUGCUUAG